UUGGUCGUAGCGCAACCUUUUUCUGCUCCAUUUUCGUCUCUUACAAAUUCCCUUCUCUUCCACAUUCUUCACCGAAUCAAAUACAUACGUUUUACACAUAUACAUACGCAUUUACUCAGAGAGAGAGAGAGAGAGAGAGAGGGAGAGGUCACAUAAUGGCGUCGAAGAAAUGGCUACCUCUGUUUUCGCUGCUGCUGUUUGCGUUUGUCGCUGGAGCUCUGUGUAGAAUUCAGAAAGAUGAAUCAGCUAUUUUGAGUGCGGUUGAGAAAGAGGAGGUGCAGAGGUCUGGGAAUUCGACGGCGGCGGAAAAGUUGGAAGGAAUUGAGGAGUAUUUGAACGAACACGCGGUGGAUGAUCCAGAGGAGGUGGCAAGAAUGGUAGAGAUGGCCACAAGAAACAGCACGGAGAGGAGAAAACUGGGUUUCUUCUCAUGCGGAACGGGGAACCCCAUCGACGACUGCUGGCGCUGCGACGCCAACUGGCAGAGGAACCGGAAGCGGCUGGCAGACUGCGGGAUUGGGUUUGGGCGCAACGCGAUUGGGGGGCGCGAUGGGCGCUACUAUGUUGUGACGGAUGCUGGGGACGACGACCCUGUGAACCCGAGGCCGGGCACUCUGCGGCACGCUGUGAUCCAGGACGAGCCUCUGUGGAUCGUCUUCAAGCGAGACAUGGUUAUUACGCUGAAGCAGGAGUUGAUCAUGAACAGCUUUAAGACCAUAGAUGGACGUGGAACGAAUGUCCACAUUGCUAAUGGUGCAUGCAUCACUAUCCAGUUUGUUACUAAUGUUAUUAUCCAUGGUCUGCACAUUCAUGAUUGCAAACCCACUGGCAAUGCCAUGGUCAGGAGCUCCCCUUCCCAUUACGGUUGGAGGACUAUGGCUGAUGGUGAUGCCAUUUCCAUCUUCGGCUCCAGCCACAUUUGGGUCGACCAUAACUCCCUCUCUAACUGCGCCGACGGCCUUGUCGAUGCCGUCAUGGGAUCCACUGCCAUCACCAUUUCCAACAACUACUUCACACACCACAAUGAGGUCAUUCUAUUAGGCCACAGUGACUCUUAUAUGAGAGACAAGCAAAUGCAGGCCACUAUUGCAUUCAACCAUUUCGGAGAGGGCCUCAUUCAGAGAAUGCCAAGGUGCAGACAUGGCUACUUCCACGUCGUGAACAACGACUACACUCAUUGGGAGAUGUAUGCGAUAGGCGGAAGUGCAGAGCCCACCAUCAACAGCCAAGGCAACAGAUACCUAGCACCAGUCAAUCCUUUUGCAAAGGAGGUGACAAAGAGAGUCGACACAGAUGCAGGCAGAUGGAAGAGCUGGAACUGGAGAUCAGAAGGAGACCUGAUGCUCAACGGGGCUUACUUCACACCGUCAGGAGCUGGAGCCUCAGCCAGCUAUGCUCGGGCUUCCAGUUUGGGUGCAAAGUCUUCCUCCAUGGUCGGAACCAUCACUUCCGGUGCCGGGGUCCUUGGCUGCCGCCGGGGGCGCCAGUGCUAGCCUAGCCUACCCACAUGGAAAAGGAACAAAGAAAGGAGGUCUUGUUUCCCUGCCUUCUUCCCAAGCCUUACAAUAUACCUAUUUAAGAGUCAAUUUUUUUUCAAUCCCAUGCUUCAUUCACAUUGGCAAGUGUACAUUUUUUAUACAUGUCUGGACAUUCCACACUCUCCUCCAUUGCCUCCCCGCCAUCACAUUAUUGUGCAACCUCGGCCUGCUUCAAUCCAAACAAAACAUCGUCUCUGGAAACAGGUGCGGAAGCGUUGUCCAAAAUCUUCUCCACCUCCAUCCCUGUCCUAACAGAGAAUAUCUAUAUAUAUAUAUAAAUAUCUGUUUUAUCAUCGUCCACAAAAAUUGUGGUUGCCCCUUUGAAAAUCUACCUUUCCUUCUUGUCUGGAGCCAUACGAAGCUAUUAUAGUGUGAGUGUCCAAAACAUUGUGGAGAAGAAAAAAAAAACAAAAAGAGGAACUUCCUGUAAUAGAUGAUGCAUAGUAUGUAAGUAGUAAGGUUCAAUGCAUUAUGCUUUUACUACA